UGGGUCAGAUGGCUGCCCGUCAGCGCUGUCGCCAGGCAAUGGGGCCGGCGCUCCAGAGGAAAAUCCGUGGGUGGCCUGACCGGAAGUGGGUCGGGUCGGUGCUGAGGCCGAGAGUCCAGGUGUUGGAAAGACUUUCAUCUCCUCCAGCCAUGUAGGUAAGUCACGGGCCUUCUCAUGUCACAAACCUGCAGGUUUUCCAGAAGUGAGAGAGUGAUGGUCUUUGCUAUGAAGACCCUGUCUAAGAAGGAAAUAGAAAUCACUGGAGUGCACGUUUAUACAUUAACCAUUUUCAGGAUCUCAGCUGAAUAACAACAUAGGGGCACAAGGAGAGUGGUGUGACAGAUUUUUUGGUGACUUGAUAAAUUAACAACAGAUUUUGAGAAAGUCUUGAAUUUUCCUGGUGAGGGAAAAAUACAAACCUAAAACUACUUUGGCUAAGGCUGUCCUGAUUUAAUAUCUGUAAUGUUUAUAAAGCUGUGACCGCUGCAGGUUUCCAGAUGGCGUGCAAUGUUAAUACUAGAGAGGUUCUCUUUGUGUUUGUCACCUGGUAGCUGUCCCGCACACCACGGGCUUAGGGGCCGUCCUGCUGAACACAGACACCUUCCUGGAGCAGCAGCAUCGUUGAGGGCACCAGCAAAAGGAAGGGCCGUGUCCUUCCUGAUCUUAACUUUAGCCCCGCUCGGUUCCUCUGAGCAUCGUCAAUAAAAAUGAUUAAGAUACCCAGGCACUGAAUUGCACCCAACCCAGACUGAACCCUGCCUUCUCGGAGUCUUCCAAGAAGACAGCCCCGACCUCAGACCAAGCCCCACUCCCACGCUCUUACCGAGACCCCCACACUCGCUGCACGGCCCCCCCACCCACGUGCUCCUGCUCUUUAGCUGGCGGGCGUGGACGUGUGGUCUGUUGUGAUCUCUCCGGGGUUCCCACCGUGGGCUCUGCUGAACUCACUGCGGAGGCGGUGAUGUUAGGGAUAUUAGUCCCUUUGCUUUCACCCUCCCCCCUCUUCUCCAGAACCAGCGGAUAUUUACAAAUCCAGCGACAGUGGCUCCUCUCCUGAUCAAGUCCUAAACGGUCAGCUUGUUUCUCGCGGCCCUUAGAAGAGCUGGUGAAGAGGAUGGGUCUGUCUGCCUUGGCAUGGCUGCUUGGGCUGUGCCCCUGGAGGGGACCAGGCACCAGCUGGUGCCGCCCCCUGUGUCUUAGAGAUGAGGAAGGCCUCGUGCAGGCUGGACCUUGAGCUCAGGGCUGGCGGUUUUCCUUCUGGGUUCUUACGCCGCUGAGAAACUUGAGGAGUGGAAGCAUGAGGCCAGAGAGCCCGUGAGCAGCAGCCCCAUGCCAGGCUGCAGAAGCCCUUGCUUGCAGCCUGCCUCUGUGAGGAGCCCCCUGCCGGAGGCUUCCUGUCCCGGGCAGACGGUCCCCGUGCCAGGAUGGCUGUGCUAAAAAGACGGAAGAGUAGCAGGAGUGUUGGAGAGGAGAUGGAGAAAUUGGAAGCCUUGUGCUUGGCUGCUGUGAAUGGAAAAUGGAAAACAGCUUGGCAGUUCCUCAAAAAGUUAAAUAUCAGAUUACCGUAUGACCAGCCAUUCCACUGCUAGGCAUAUACCCCCAAAUUUGAAAGCAGGGGCUCAAACAACUCCAUGUGCACACACAUGCUCACGGCAGCACUGGUCACAACACCCAAAAGGUGGAAACAGCCUGGAUGUCCAUCAACAGAUGGCGGGGUAAACCAGAUGUGGCAUCCCCAUGCACUGGAAUAGUAUUCAGCCAUGAAAAGGAAUGACGUCCUGACACAGGCUGCCAUGUGGAUGAACCCUGAAAACAUUCUGCCAGGUGAAAGGAGCCAGACACGAAAGACCACGUGCGUGCAACGCCAUUUAUAUGAAAUGUCCAGAGUAGAUAAAUCCGCACAGACAGACAGCACGUUAGUGGUUACCGGGGACUGGGGGGAGGGGGAGUGGGGAGUGGCUGCUAACGGGUCUGGGGCUUCUUUUUGGCUCAUGAAACGUUGUGGGACUAGAUGGGGGGUGGUUGCACAACAUGGCGAAUGUACUAAAUGCCACUGAAUUGUACACAUGAAAAUGGAUAAUUUUAUGUCUGUGAUUCUCACUGCAGUAAAAAGAAAGACAAGAAAGAUCUCGAUUGUACCCCAUUUCCCCUUGAGGUCUUGAUCAGCCAGCUCUUGCUGGGCCUUUUUCCAAGCUCCCUGCUGCAGCUGGGAGGGCCUGUCCCCCCCCCCCCCGACACCCCACCCUGAGGACCUGGCGGGAGACUGUUUACUGUUGCACCAACGGAGUUGAUUGAGGAGAAGUGGGGGAAGGUGCUGUGUCUCCAGCAGUUCGCUGACGGGAGUUUCCAGAUCUCUUGGCCCUUGACCCCUUCCUGUAAUGAGGUCUGUGACAAUGAACAGAGGUCACCCGCGUUUGGGCGCCAUUCUCUGCUGGGAUCUCGAGUGAUAAUUAACUCAUUGACUUAACAGUCUCUGGGGUAGGGCCGUGAUUAUUCCCGUUUUACAAAUGAGGAGAUCGAGGCACAGAGAGGUUCGGUCGCUUGCCUAAGACCACACAGCUAGGAGGAGGUGGAACCAGGAUCACGGAGGAAGAGCUUGUCAAAUAGCAUGUUGGCUUUAGGAUUCUGCCAGAUAGAAGGGAAGAUGGGGAAUGCCAAAAGCCGCUCAGGGCAGAACGCGUGUUCACAGUUUCUUCCUGAGGAGCGGGCAGAGAUCGAUCGACUGUUUGAUGCUCUGUCCUCGGGCAAACACAGCUCCAAUACCCCGCACAGAUCCUUCUCUCUGCAGGCCCUCCAGAGCCACAUUGGGGAAGCUCUCCCCCCAGAGAUGGUCACCAGACUGUAUGACGGGAUGCAGAGGGUCAACCUGACAGGGACAGCGAAGGGGCCCAGCGAGGGUGUCUCCCAGGAGCAGUUCACAGUGUCGAUGUCCCACCUCUUAAAAGGAAACUCCGAGGAGAAGAGUCUCAUUAUCCUGAAAAUGAUUUCUGCUACGGAAGGUCCUGUGAAAGCAAGAGAAGUCCUAAAGUUUACAGAGGAUCUGGUUGGCUCUGUUGUGCAUGUGCUAGACCACAGACAGCAGCUGAGGGGCUGGACUCAGAAGAAAGCCCCCGGCUGCCCGCCCAGGGUGCAGGUGCUGGCGGCUCAGCUCUUCUCCGAGAUGAAGCUUCAAGAGGGUGAGAAGCUUCUGGGGCCUCAGCAGCUGGACUGUGACUGUGACCGAGCCAUGAUCGAGGACUGGGUGUUCAGGACCCCCCACGUGGCCAUGUUUCUGAGCGUGGUCAUCCACAGAGGCUUUCUCCUCCUGUGCUCAUCCCUCAACCUGUCCGCCCUGCUCCCCGAGCGUCUAGUCGACCAGGGGCGGGAGUUCGAGAGCAUCCUGGACGUGCUGUCCGUCAUCUACCUCAACUCCCACCUGCCCAGGGAGCAGCGGCACCGCUGGCACCUGCUCUUCUCGUCCGAGCUCCACGGGCACAGCUUCGCCCAGCUCUGCGGACUCAUCACCCAGCGGGGGCCCUGUGUGAUGCUCCUCGAGGACCACGACGGCCACGUGUUCGGUGGGUUUGCCUCCUGCUCCUGGGAGGUCAAGCCUCAGUUUCAAGGGGACGACAGAUGCUUCCUGUUCUCCAUCUCCCCCAGCAUGGCUGUGUACACCUGCACGGGCUACAACGACCACUACAUGUACCUGAAUCAUCGGCAGCAGACCAUCCCCAAUGGCCUGGGCAUGGGCGGGCAGCACAAUUACUUCGGGCUGUGGAUCGAUGUCGAUUUCGGAAAAGGACACAGCAAGGCCAAGCCCACGUGUACCACGUACAACAGCCCUCAGCUGUCGGCCAAGGAGAACUUCCGGUUCGAGAAGUUGGAGGUGUGGGCGGUGGGCGAUCCCCCAGAGUCGCAGCUGGCCAAGAGCAAGAAGAGCAUUCUGGAUGUGGACCCCGAGGCCCAGAUCCUGCUGGAAAGCUGUGGGCGGAGUUGCCACAGCCAGGGGCUCCGGGAAGUCCCGGAGGACGAUGAGUGAGGUGUCCCUGAGCUCGAGUCUUCCUGGAGCUGGAGUGUGGUCCCCCAGGACCAGAGUGCACAGCCUGCAGAACAUAGCCCGCCUGGACGGAGCGCACAGCUGCCGACCCUCCCCUCACCCGGCUUGUGCCUCCUGUAACGUAGAGCCACGCUGGUCGUGUCCAGGUGGUCCUGGCCGUGCUCAAUCAUAACAGAGUAAAAUUCCUCUGGUGCCAUAUGUUGGUUGGUGGGUGUGUCUCCUAGAAAUCCCGAGUCAGAUUAGCGAUGGAAUUCUUAUGCUUUGUCCAUCUCGUCUGGAUGAAAUCCGAAGAGGCUGAGGUGCCGAGAUGCUGAGACCUCUGCUGGAGUUAGCGUUCGUUGGGAACGUGAGCUCUUGCCGUGUCGGAGGGGGUUCCACUUGCCGGGGCUCCCAUGGCCUCUGCUCAGACCGUCCCAGUUACACACGGGCCUCGAUGGUCCAUUUCAACUGGUAAAGCGGCGUUUGGAUGUGAAUUUGGACACUUUUGGGGAGCAUCUUCCUAUGACAUGGAAUUUCUGUAUUUAUAAAAAAGCAUAGUAUAUUAAUGGGGAAAAUAGCUGAAGAUUUUGAAGAUCACAGAGGCAUGGGUCCUCAGGAGGUGUUUAUAAUAAGGUGCCACAUCUGCCUUUUUUGGCUGUUUUUAAAUGAACGUGUGAGCAAAUGGGGAAACCUCCUGGUUGUGGUUCUGUUGCUAGUUUAAAUGUGGGGGACUCUCUGGUCCCUAAGGCGAGAGUUCUGUUGAUACAUACACACGGCAGGUCGCAUAGGUUGGUGGUGACGCACUUGACAGUGCUGGCCUGUGUUCUGGCCUCCUGGAGCCACGCCCAGCAGUAUCACCCUCCCUGUCAGUGCUGUUCCCGAAGGGGAGGGAGGGUAAUUGGUCAGUGUGGACUUGCUUUAAACAGACUCCAGUGAUUCCGCAAUGCUAACGAUGCCCCAGGCGGGCUGGGCCUCCAGGCAGAGCUGCCAUCUCCCCAUCCGUCAGAGGCAGGCCUGAAGAAACUCUGAUCUCACUGUGAGGAUGCCCUCCUUAAAGGAGCUGUGGGGCUCAUCUCUAGGAAACUUACCUCCUCUUUUUGUCUUUUGCUGCAAACUUUGACCUUAUGCAGAUCUGACAAAAGCGCAACCUUUUCUUACAAAGUUUGCCCUGAUUAUAAGCCAUGGUAGACUGAGCUCUUUGCAUAGUGCAGGCUCUGCAUUUUUUACCAGGAGGCUCAUCACACUGUGCACUUGGCAGGGCCCCUGGCUGAGCAGAAGGCCUUGUAACUUAGCCUUCAAAAGGAGAGGGCGAGCUCAGACGGCGCACGGAGGUGCAGAGGCGUGACACCUGCAGACGUGGCCGCGAUUGAUCUUCCUCAUAAAAAGCCAGUCUUUAAUAGCUUCUCAGGUGCAUUAUGUGACCUUCUGAACUGAUGGAAUAGCAGAUAUGGGAUAUUAAGACCCUCAAGUAUCCUCACCAGAAUCCGUAGAAUUAGGUCCUGAAUCUUCAGUUUGUUGUGGAAUUUUUUUAUAAAAUGCAAUUAAAUACCUCGCUGCUGAAAGGUC